UCACUUCCGUUGUACAAGAAAUUGAGAGUUUUAACCAAUGAACAUGCAGACAAUUGAUUAAGUGCGUUCCUGUCGUUUUGGACGACAUCGAUCGAAACGCUUUUCGGGAAGUCUCCUCAGCUUGGGAUGCUGUGAGAUGGUACUCACUGCUGCAUGUGACAGCUUGGUAUUGGUAUGAUCAGAGAUCUUUCUCCAUCAGUCAUUGCCAUCUUUCCUUUCAUCUCAGUCUGUGCAGUACUGGCAUCAGAACCUGACUCUGGGGUUAACUGUCCUCUGUAGUUCCGCCACAGUCUGCUCAAAAGCCACGCGUGACGAGGAUAACUAAGAACCAGGACAGAAAAGAAAAAAAAAAAGCCGAGACCGGAACCCACUACCAAAAAAGCCCGCUGUCCUUUCUGGGGGAAUCUUUAAGUCGGCUUGAACCCAAAGAUGUGCCUCUGACGAUGGCCUCGUGACCUGCCAACAUGACCUGUCUUCGCUCAGCAUCAGACAACAUCCUUCCGUCGUCGUCGGCACAACCGCGGCUUUGACAACCAGCCAUCUACUGCUGCUGCUGUCACUGCAACUGCAUCUUCCUCCCCUUCCCCAGACCUCUACCCCCGUCUUCGGUCAACGCCCCCGCCCCCCACUUUACCGGCCUCGCGCAGCUGGCCGGUUACCUGGGACUCGCCACCGCGGCGGCGUCGGAGCCUUUUGAUCGACGCUCGACUGGCGUCCCGUUACCACGACAACAGAGGACGUACUCUUUUUGCUCACUCGGGAUAGCUCGGACGCGUGUACCGAAACGCUAAAGGAAAGAUGGAGCCCAGUUUCAAGGUGGACAAGUGGACUCACAAUCUUGGACCCACGGAAUCCUUCACCAUGAACGGGCCUCCAGGCAGCAUUCAGGAUGAAGUGACAACCGCAAAAUUGGCGAACCAGCGGGACAUCAUCGAGAAGCAGUCUCGCAAGAAGCGACAGGCUGCCCUCAUGAUGCAGCCCAAUGACAACAGUCGCCCCAACUCAGGUCGCAAGAACCGAGAGGAGAACCGACCCCUCGUCAAGGACUCCAUGCCCGCGGCCGGUGUUCCAGACUUUGCAUAUGAGGGCCCAGCAGCAGGCAAUGUGUAUGAAAACAACGGCGGCACUUUUCACACCGGCACCUCUACAACGAAUGUCCAGAUCAUAAACAACAUCACCACAAGUGACUCCCGCGACUACAGCGACAGCGACAGUGAUGAAAUACCUGCCAUGAGCACAGGGCAUCCCAAAAUUCAAACAGAGACCAUCCUGAGCGAGGGUCACCGGGGUCGCAGUGGCGGAGGAUCCCGGGACAGAGACAAAGGUCCCUCGCAGCGCCAUUCACCCAGCACCCCGUCUACCCUCAUCACAGACGCGGAGGAGGAUGACGUGGACACAGAGUCCGCUCCCAUCGCUCCUCAGCCCUCGCGGUCGCCCGCCCCUCCUCCGUCCACCCAGACAGCCAACUUCGCCGUCGUCAGCGCCAGCGGCGGCACCUGGCCCGAUGAGGGUGGAGACCAGGACUCCAACGACGCCGAUGGCAAAACCUUGGCAGAGGGGGGUACCCCGGCAUCGUACCUGUCGGACCUGGGUGUGUCUGACCUGGAGGAGUUUGUCAUGAUGCCAGCACCGCAGGGUCACACCAUCAAGUGCCGAAUCACCCGCGACAAGAAGGGCGUCGAUCGCGGCAUCUUCCCCACCUACUACCUCCACAUGGAACUCGAGGACAAUAAAAAGAAGUUUCUGCUCGCUGGCAGAAAAAGAAAGAAAAGUGCAACAUCGAACUACCUGAUAUCCACCGAUCCCACAGACCUUUCUCGCACAGGCGAAUCCUACUGUGGAAAACUCAGGUCCAAUCUUCUAGGGACACAUUUUACCUUGUUUGACAAUGGCGAGAACCCCCGUAGGCACGUCACGGGUGCACGGCAGGAACUGGUGGCCAUUGCAUACGAAACUAAUGUUCUGGGCUUCAAGGGUCCCCGCAAGAUGACUGUCAUCAUUCCUGGCAUGACCUCCGACCACAAGCGGGUGGACAUCAAACCUCAAGGGAACCACGACGGCUUGAUAGAGCGGUGGAAGAGGAAGAAUAUGGAGAACCUUCUAGAGCUGCACAACAAGACGCCGGUGUGGAACGAUGAAACCCAGUCCUACGUGCUGAACUUCCACGGACGGGUGACACAAGCCUCAGUGAAGAACUUCCAGAUCGUGCACGACAAUGACGUCGACUACAUCGUCAUGCAGUUCGGACGCGUGGCCGAGGACGUCUUUACAAUGGACUACAACUACCCCAUGUGCGCCCUUCAGGCCUUCGGCAUCGCCCUCUCCAGCUUCGAUGGCAAGCUGGCCUGCGAGUAGAAAAGAGUCCUUGUGUAUCCAGUCCCACCCACUCCCUGUACCGUCCCAUGCCAGUCUGGGAAAUAUUUGUGUUUGUUCCUUUAUUUAUUUAUUUAUUUUUUGGGUUUAACUCUAGCCAAUGGCUGGCCUCUUCAGAGAGUCAAGCCAGAUGAAAACCAAAGUUUUGAUCACACUCCCGGCCAGCGUCCUACAAGCACGUUGUGUUUGAUCGUCGAAAGAAUUCACGCAUGCGCACAAUGGCAAGAAUUGACAAUGGAGGAUGGGUUGGGGAUGGCUGUUGAAGCGUUCCGCUGACUGUUGGGGGCUUUGGAUGCGAGAAUCUGGUGAUGAACUCGGCGUGGGUCGGGUUCUAUCACUUGGCGUUUGACAUCAUCGUCACGUGACAGAGAAGCGCCGGGCAGAGUGAAAGGAUAGGUGAACACUGAGAAGAAUUUUUGUGUGUGCAGGGUAAUGGGAAACCCCCGAAUAUCGUGCAUGCGUUCUCGUGCGCUCGUCACAUGAGACGAGAUUAUCGAAGCGACCACGAUAGGACAGAGAGAAACCAAAGCACAUUAGGAUAUUGAGUGCGCGUGGGAAGAUUUCCAGUCAUGGUCAUGAUGAAGGCACGGAGGAACCGUUUUGCCUGUCGGUUCCGAGAUGGAGCCUUCAUGGUGGUGCUCCUAGAAUCGGCCGAAACGACAGGGUCGACUACUAAACCUAACUUAUAGUGCUUGUCAGGGUUUUGAGACACCAGUCUACAAGGAGUCGUGAUUUUUUUUUACACAUUUAUUCGUUAAUGGUUGCUGUUUUUGAGAUGCUAUAAACCAUGAAAGAAGAUUUUUCUAUAGGUAAUUACCUAACUUUUCAAAGACGAAAAAAAUUAUUUGUGAGAAUAUAUAUUGUAUCGAAUAAAUAAAUACUAGUUAUUCUUUUCGGCCACGACCUUUUUGUCUUCGUUGCCCGUUGCUGCACAUGAUUUUGACGGAGGAGAUUCUGUUCUGAUGAAAAACAUUCGUUGUACAUUGUGAGUGGGGGUGGGAGGGGAGAAUGUGUGAUGUAACAGGACGAGAAUCUGUGUCCAGGGCUGCUGUCUCCUCAUUGUGAAAUUGUAACAGGGUUAAUGCAAAUAUGUGGUUUGUUUUUAACCCCCCCUUCUUAUUGUGAUGAAUAUUGGAGAUGAUGUUCAACUUGGGUUGGUGAAGUGUGGGGUGGGGGAGGGAUCCUGCAUGGAGAAGACUUGUCAUGCUAAACGGUGGGAUACAGGCUGUCUCGUAACAGACCACGUGGUCUAUUUUAUCGUCUAAUUACUUGUUGCAUCGUGCCAGGGCUGCGAUACACCCAUGUUUGUCUUACCUGUGAAAGCUCGAGGGGUUGGGAGAGACUCGGGUAGCCUAGUGGUGAGAGCGAAACAUUGCGCGCUCUGGUCAGUUCGGUACCCGUGUGGCGCAGCAUACUUCCUCCCUAGUUGCCGACUGGAUACCCGGCUUCUCAGAGGGUUGGGGAGAUAAGCCAGCGAUGGGCAGGUGGUGAGGUGGGGGGUAGGAGGGCCCGACCCUCAUUUAUCCGUGACGUGAAUUUAAGUGGUACGAAUGCGUGUGACGUCAAGCAGCAAAUACGUCAUUGGUGUGACGUAGUGCAGCUGUAGGUGCGAGUGGUGCGAGAUGCUGUUCCUCACGACAGGUUCAGGUUGGGCUUUACUUCGCUGACACUUAGACAAGUAAUUAGAGAACUUGAAAACAGCCUGACCAACGACUUUGUAGGAGGGACGCACGAGCUGAGAGUGUGAUUCUUCAAACCUCCGUUGGCUAAACUCAGUGCGCCGCUGACAGAAGCACAAGAUGUUUGCGUUUUCUGUGCUUAUUGUUGUUUGUGAGCUUGGAGCAGAAGUGAACGUGAGAGAAUGGGGGUUGGUCGCACUUGAGCGUUCAGUUGUAUACUAAUUAAGUCGAUUUUGAUUACUAAAUUUGCUCACAGCGACAACAACAUAAUGCUAAAUUAGAGGCACAUGUUUCAUUGUUUUGGUCAAACAAUAUAUUUUAAUGUCGAUGAAUGAAUUGCAUGGAUGGUCAGCAUACAGUCAGAAUCAUUGUCUGCUCAGUUCAGCUCAGUUGAAUUGUUGGUUGGUUGUGUGUGUGGGUGGGCUCAUCAAGCAUGUAACUGCUGAGAAUCAGAGUGCAAAAAUUAGGUGUACACGCGCACAGAAUCCUGUGAAGUUAGGUAAUCUGCUGAAUCAAUUAGCAAGUGACUUACGAUGAUUGAUUGGUGUGAUCAUGACGGAAAUCGGUCAAAGACAGUGUCUGCGCGUGCCGCCAGAUGUGUAGGAGCAGUUGGUUCAGUUUUUAGUUUG